AUGUGUUGCAGUGCAGCACUGUCAAAUACAUCAGCUGGAUGGGGAGUGAUUGUGGUGGCCGGUGUUUUGAAUACAUUCGUCAUGGCAUCGCCAGCCUCCGAUUCAAUAUUCCGAAUAAUUAAUGCCGGAAAUAACACCGGAAAUAUCGAUGAAGGGGCACGCACGGUGCUGGAAGGAGAUGUACAGUUCCGAAAGGUGCAUUUUGCCUAUCCAACAAGGCCACAACAUAGUGUUCUCAGUGGCCUCAACUUAACAGCAUAUGCGGUAAGUUCCACGGACUCACUGGUACUCAUGAGAGGACCAUUGGAGGAGCAGUGCUUGAGUAAAAAGUCGCUGAAAUAUUGGGGGUCUGGCGUUCGAGAAGCAUGGGGUAUUGAAUACGAAACAUGCGCCGAGCAGGGAUGA